UAACAGAAAAUAAUUCGAAUAGAGUUGAGGGAAUUUAGUUCAUUCAAUCGGAUUUGGCUGCAGUAUUACCUUAUAUAAAAAUAUACACCUUUAUUACGAUUAAACUCUCCAGCUUGGGAGUGAUAACAACAGGGAGUUACAGGGGCACAGAGUAAACGCGCACGAUAUCUUGAGAAGAGUCGAAGUUAUCUGGCUAGAAGGAGCAGCGUGUUUGUUCAACGUUGCCCAAGUACUACCCAAGGAAAGUGAAGAAGGAUGUCCGUGCUUUGUUUAUUUAACUAGUGACGUCUGUGUACGGUCACCGAGAGACCUCACAAAUAUAUUACUAUCUAUAAUUUAGUGUCUUCAGAGCAGUGAAAAGAUAUUCAACCCCAGUCAUAGUCAUGAUUAACGAAGAGACCAUCAAGCUAAAUAAUCAAAACGCUGUAUUUGGUUAUGGCACGAAUAUACCACCAAACAACAACGACUCCGAUGGGCCGGAUGAUUCGGGGAAGAAGGUGAUAUUUUGUGUCCAUGGAAAGUUAUCCGGAUGUUGCACAAUUGUGAAAGGUUCUGCUUCCGAAACGGUUACGAUUCCAUCUUAUCAACGUAGCCCAUCCUUAUUUGAAGAUCAUUGUCAUCGGGAUAGAGAGGACAAAAUAGAUAAAAAAGCAAGGAGGAAAUUGAUAAUUGCGAGUAUUCUCUGCGUUCUCUUCAUGAUUGCUGAAAUUAUAGGAGGUGUAUUGUCAAGCAGUCUCGCCAUCGCAACAGACGCUGCGCAUCUCCUUACAGAUUUUGCGUCCUUUAUGAUAUCUUUAUUUUCGAUAUGGGUAGCCAGCAGGCCAGCAACCAGAAAAAUGCCCUUUGGAUGGUAUCGAGCGGAGGUCAUUGGAGCGCUGACAUCGGUCCUUCUGAUUUGGGUUGUGACUGCUGUGUUGAUAUACUUGGCCGUGCAAAGAAUAAUCAAUAAAGAUUUUGAAAUUGAUUCAACAGUCAUGCUCAUCACGUCUGCGAUAGGUGUUGGGGUAAAUCUCAUCAUGGGAUUGACUCUACACCAACAUGGCCAUGCUCACGGUGGCGCGAGUGGGAAGGAUCAUCAUGCGCACGGUGAUAACGGUGACGCACAUGGUCAUAGUCACGACGUGAAUAUUAAUGUUCGAGCAGCCCUUAUUCACGUUAUUGGUGAUUUUAUUCAGAGUCUUGGUGUUUUUAUAGCUGCGAUUGUCAUUUACUUCAAGCCAGAAUGGAGCAUCGUAGAUCCCAUCUGCACAUUUUUCUUCUCGGCUCUUGUUUUGGCUACUACGAUGGCAAUAAUGAAGGAUACAAUAAACGUACUGAUGGAAGGAAUUCCAGCUGGCGUGGAUUAUUCGCAGGUCGAGAAUACUUUCAUGGAGAUCGAAGGUGUCAUCAAAGUCCACAACUUACGCAUAUGGGCUCUUUCCUUAGAUAAAACUGCUCUUUCUGCUCAUCUAGCAAUAAAGCCUGGCAUAUCACCGCAACAAAUCCUUCGCACAGCAACUAGAAACAUUCACGAAAGCUACAAUUUCUUCGAGAUGACGUUGCAAAUUGAAGAAUUCAACCAGAAAAUGGAAAACUGCCACCAGUGCAAGUCACCACCAAUAUAACGCGUGAUGAAUGUGUAUUAUAUGUUCACCAAUUAUCAUUAGACUAUAGACCAUUCUGAAUCAUUGUGAAAAUAAAUUCUACCAUAGGUAGUAUUAUACAUUUA